GGUAUCCAUUUUGAAGAGGCGCUGAUGGUCUUGGGAUGUCGACGCCAGGGAUACACGUGACGCGCUCGGACCAGGUGAGCGUCUUCCAGGCAAUUAACUAGUAGUUAAUCACUCCAAGCUUUCUGCUCCGCCAGGAUUUCGAAGUGGCACCAUAACUCGCUUCCUUGCGAGUUGAGCUUGAAUCUGUCAGCAAAUAGAAAGUUGCAAUGCACAUGUGAUGUCCAUUGACGUUAACUGGGAGAGAGCCACUUCUGGUCCUGAUGGUGAGGCGCUUGCGGAGCGCAUCCGCUCCUUCAUCCAUGACAAGUUCCAGCAAGUGGCUCUUCCUCGAUUCAUCCGCUCAGUCCAGGUCCACUCCUUUGACUUUGGCACUGUAGCUCCAGAACUUGAGAUCAAGGACUUUUGUGACCCGUUUAGCGAUUUCUACGAGGAAGACGAGGAUGGAGAGAUAUCAGACGAGGAGGAGCUCUCCCCGGAACAAUGGCAUGGCGGCCCCCCAGACCUUCACGAACGCAGCUUUGCAGACGAGACGAGGACGAAUCAGCAAUAUCGGCUUGGUGCAGACAAUGAACCGCAUCCUCAUGUCCGCUCUCCUUUUGGGGAGCAUCUAAACCCUCCAUUUCUUCAGCGAUCCGGCACCCCCGUCAUACCAGGAGGGACGUCAAACUUGGGCUACCAUUUGAUGCUUGGUGGUCUUUCUGGCACACAGACUCCGCUUGCGGCAGUAGCAGGUGGUUCUCCAUUUGCCAAUGCCUGGUCAGAUCCUUCGAGAGAUCGAACUGCCUCCCGUCUGAAUAGACCACAGGGGACCGCCGAGGCACAGAGAAUCUCCGAAGGCGAUGUUGAUACUGGCUCACCGUCUCGCCCAUCUACUGCAAACACAGUCCCUUCUCGACCUUCUGUACCUCACAGCGGUGGCAGUUCCUCCAACAAUACUAGCGGCGACCCUGCAAUCUCCAAUGGCAGUGACCACCACCCUGCAUCUCUCCGCCCUCACCCCCAGGAUGAAGAGCACCUGGACCCGUCUGAUACCCACCUUCAUCCCCUGCCGCCACGCAUGCGGGAGCGCCGUCCGGAGGAUUUUCAGGUUAUCUGCCGCGUCAAAUAUGCAGGGGACAUAAAGCUGUGCCUGACAGCGGAGAUCCUCCUGGAUUACCCAAUGCCUAGUUUUGUCGGCUUACCACUCAAACUGAACAUCACCGGCGUCACCUUCGAUGGGGUUGCUGUUGUCGCCUACAUACGGAAGAGAACUCAUUUCUGUUUCCUCUCUCCGGAAGAUGCGGAUGCUCUAAUCGGGGCGGAACAAGAAAAGGAGUCUAAUGACGGACGACCACGUUCGAGUGGCGGCGGGGCUUCAUCAGGACGCCGUGUCGGUGGCUUGCUACAAGAGAUUCGAGUCGACAGCGAAAUUGGCCGCAAGGAAGAUGGGAAACAAGUCCUGAAGAAUGUAGGCAAGGUCGAGCGGUUCGUACUCGAACAAGUCCGCCGUAUCUUCGAGGAGGAAUUCGUCUUCCCGAGCUUUUGGACUUUCUUGAUCUGACCUCGUCCUCGAGACGACACGUGAUUGAUUGUAUACUAACGUUGACGCGUUUACGAAGUAAUGUGCAAUGUAUGCUUGUAGAUAUAUAACAAACAACAUAGUGAGAAGAAUGAUGGUGCGAAGAAUAUUGCGGUUUACAGGAUUGUCCUUACCGAAGCGACCGAGUGUACA